UUCAAUAUCAUGUUACCUGUAGAAUUAGAUAAUCUUGCGGAAUUCUUGCAACAACUAUUUGAUGAACUAGAAAUCUACUGGCAAUGGAAUGAAGAAACUGGAAUAUUUUCUGGCAAUGCGAAAGUUAACACAUGGUCACGUGCAGCAAGAAGACAGAGAUUGAUGAAGUCCGAAUGUCAAGCAGAGUUACCAACUACCACUCUCGCGACGAAUGAAGAACCGUUGUUUGAAUUCGCAUGUCAUCUUGAGCUCUGUAAUAACGAUACUAAUGCAACAAAAUUGACAAUUUCCUGGACGAGCGGUAAGGAUCGAGGUAUCUUUGAGUCAUUUUAUGGUCACGUAAAGAAACGGUUAGAACAGGAAUUUGAUAUGGACGAAUAA